AUGUCACUCACCUACACAACAGUCCCCCUUCAAGUCAAGGGUGUCAACCUCAACCUAUCUACAAUCCACACCCUCAACUCCAACCCACCAAUUCUAUUCCUACACGGCUUCGGAUCCUGCAAAGAAGACCUAGCAGAUCUAGUAAUUCACCCCUCCCUCCAAAAACACGGCUUCAUCGCCUUCGACGCCCCGGGAUGCGGCCACUCAACCAGCGACAACCUCUCCGCAACCAAUAUCCCAUUCCUAGUCGCCACAGCCGAAGCCGUCCUGAAGUACUUCGAAAUCACCACCUUCCACCUUAUAGGCCAUUCAAUGGGCGGCCUAACAGCCCUCAUCCUCGCCCACGAAAACCAAAACCGAGUCCUCAGCUUCAUCGAUAUAAAGGGCAAUCUCGCACCGGAAGAUUGUUUCCUCAGUCGACAAAUCUUUACCUUCCCCACUGAUGAUGCGGAGGCCUUUUUCGACGAGUUUAUCGAUCGUACAAGGAAAGCUAAAUCUUAUGGUAGUGCUUUAUACGCGAGCACGCUGCGCGCGCGAGUAAGAGCUGGUGCUGUACGACCGAUUUUCGAGUCUAUGGUGCAUUUGUCUGAUUAUGGAGAGUUGAUGGAGAAGUUUUUGGGGCUGCCUUGUCCGAAGAUGUUUAUGUUUGGGGAGGAGAAUCGGGGGUUGUCGUAUUUGGGGCAUUUGGAGGAGGAGGAGAGGGUGGAGUUGGCGAUGGUGGAGGGGAGUGGGCAUUUUCCUAUGUAUUCUAAUCCGGUGGAGAUGUAUCGUAGGAUUGCGGCUUUUUUGGAUAGAAUUCAGUAG